CCAUAAAUACCAAAACAAGUCUCGAGGGUAAAGAACUCCAAGUAGCAGCGUAACGUUUGUUUUUUGUUUUUUACAGUAAAAAAAAACGCAGGAAUAUGUCUUGAGGAGCUGCAACUACAAAAUCUCCAAUCUUAGUGAAACAGAAAGAAUCGAGAAGAGGAAGUAGUGAUGAUGGGAUUACACUUGGAGAGCUUGGUGGAGACGAUAAAGUCAAAGGUGAGCUUGCUAAAGAAGAAGAAAAAGAAAUCAUACAUAAAAAUGGAUAAAAGCAGCAGCGUCAGGGUUGAGAUCCGUCGUAAGAAGACCAGAGAUCUCAUCAAUAAGACUUUGAAGGUUGCUGAUCGUCCUGGCCAACGAGCUCUUUGAUGAUAACUUUUUUUUUUUCUCAGUUUUUCUUUUUGCAUACCGUUUCUGUGUUCUUCGUUCUGUGAUUCAGGGAGAUUUGUAUUCAGGAUAUCAAGUAUAUAUAUACAUAUAGUUUCUGGAAA